GUUGCACCAGUCGCACGCAUGCUGCUGUAACUUCCGACUACUACAAAUAUAAAUAAUAUGACAAGACUUUAGCAGUUUUGUUAUUAAAAUGGAAGAGUUUUGUGAUAUGAGCCCACGGGAGCUGGCGGCUCCUAUCAACACUGUGGAGGAUAAAUGGAAGUUGUUACCAGCCUUUCUAAAGGUGAAAGGUUUGGUGAAGCAGCAUAUUGAUUCCUUCAAUUAUUUUAUCAAUGUAGAGAUAAAGAAAAUAAUGAAGGCCAAUGAAAAAAUCACAAGUGAUGCAGAUCCAAUGUGGUAUCUAAAAUAUCUGAAUAUUUAUGUUGGUAUGCCAGAUGUUGAAGAAAGCUUCAAUGUCACUAGACCUGUGUCGCCUCAUGAGUGUCGUCUUCGGGACAUGACCUAUUCAGCGCCCAUAACUGUGGACAUAGAGUACACUCGGGGCAGUCAGAGGAUCAUACGCAAUGCAUUGCCCAUUGGGAGGAUGCCAAUCAUGUUGAGAAGUUCAAACUGUGUUCUCUCAGGAAAAACUCCUAUGGAGUUUUCAAAACUAAAUGAAUGUCCCCUGGAUCCAGGUGGGUACUUCAUUGUGAAGGGUCAGGAGAAGGUCAUUCUGAUCCAAGAGCAGUUGUCUAAGAACCGGAUCAUUGUGGAGCAGGACAGAAAAGGGGCUGUUGGAGCCUCUGUUACCAGCUCCACUCAUGAGAAGAAAAGUCGAACUAAUAUGAUUGUAAAACAAGGGCGUUUCUAUCUAAGACACAACACUCUGUCUGAGGAUGCUCCCAUUGCAAUCAUAUUCAAGGGCAUGGGUGUGGAGAGCGACCAGGAGAUAGUGCAGAUGAUUGGCACAGAGGAGCAUGUCAUGGCCAGUUUUGCUCCGAGUUUGGAAGAAUGUCAGAAAGCACAGAUCUUCACACAAACGCAGGCCCUUCGAUAUCUGGGCAACAAAGUGCGGAGGCAGCGCAUGUGGGGGGGACCUAAAAAAACUAAGAUGGAGGAAGCCAGAGAGCUGCUGGCAUCACUAAUUCUGACCCAUGUCCCGGUCAAAGAGUUCAACUUCCGGGCCAAGUGCAUCUACCUGGCUGUGAUGGUGCGCAGAGUCAUCCUGGCUCAAGGAGACAACAAGGUGGAUGACAGAGAUUACUAUGGUAACAAGCGUCUUGAGUUGGCUGGGCAGCUUCUCUCUCUGCUGUUUGAAGAUCUAUUCAAAAAGUUUAACUCUGAGCUGAAGAAAAUCGCAGACCAGAUCAUCCCUAAACAGAGGGCGGCUCAGUUUGAUGUGGUCAAACACAUGCGCCAGGAUCAGAUUACCAACGGCAUGGUUAACGCCAUAUCCACCGGGAACUGGUCACUAAAGAGAUUUAAAAUGGAUCGUCAGGGAGUGACCCAGGUCCUGUCUCGACUGUCAUACAUCUCCGCUCUGGGAAUGAUGACCAGGAUCUCCUCUCAGUUUGAGAAGACCAGGAAAGUGAGCGGGCCACGCUCACUGCAGCCAUCACAGUGGGGCAUGUUGUGCCCCUCAGAUACACCUGAGGGAGAGGCCUGUGGUUUAGUCAAGAACUUGGCUCUGAUGACCCAUAUCACCACUGACAUGGAAGAUGGCCCAAUCAUCAAAUUGGCCUUCAACCUGGGAGUAGAAGAUGUGAACCUGCUGUGUGGAGAAGAGCUCUCCUACCCCAGUGUGUUCCUUGUCUUCCUCAAUGGCAACAUUCUUGGUGUAAUCAGAGAUCACCAUAAGCUGGUGAACACUUUCCGGUUGAUGCGGAGGGCGGGUUUCAUAAACGAGUUUGUGUCCAUUUCUACAAACCUGACGGACCGCUGUGUCUACAUCUCAUCUGAUGGAGGAAGAUUAUGCAGACCGUACAUCAUAGUGAAAAAAGGUCGGCCAAUGGUGAAAAACAAGCACAUGGAAGAUCUCUCUCAGGGAUACAGAACAUUUGAAGACUUUCUACAUGAGGGUCUGGUUGAGUACCUGGAUGUCAAUGAGGAAAACGACUGUCAGAUCGCUGUUUAUGAACGCAUGAUUAACAAAGACACAACACACUUGGAGAUAGAGCCUUUCACUUUAUUAGGGGUUUGUGCUGGUCUCAUCCCGUAUCCCCACCAUAACCAGUCGCCCAGGAACACCUAUCAGUGCGCUAUGGGCAAGCAGGCCAUGGGCACUAUUGGGUACAACCAGAGGAACCGUAUUGACACUCUGAUGUACCUGCUGGCCUACCCAAUGAGACCCAUGGUUAAAACCAAAACCAUCGAGCUCAUAGACUUUGAGAAGCUGCCUGCUGGUCAGAACGCCACUGUGGCAGUCAUGAGCUACAGCGGCUACGAUAUUGAAGAUGCUCUGGUUCUAAACAAAGCUUCACUUGACAGAGGGUUUGGUAGGUGCCUUGUCUAUAAAAAUGCCAAGUGCACUUUAAGACGUUACACAAACCAAACCUUUGACAAAGUUAUGGGUCCUAUGCUGGACGCUGCCACUCGAAAGCCCAUCUGGAGGCACAACAUCCUGGAUGCAGAUGGGAUCUGUUCCCCCGGUGAGAAAGUAGAAAACAAGCAAGUGUUGGUGAACAAGUCGAUGCCAACCGUCACCCAGACACCACUGGAGGGCAGUACCCAGCCAGGGCAGCCCCAGUACAGAGACGUGCCCAUCAGUUACAAGGGAUCAACAGACUCAUACAUUGAAAAAGUCAUGAUCUCGUCCAAUGCUGAAGACGCUUUCCUCAUAAAGAUCCUGCUAAGACAAACCAGAAGACCUGAGAUUGGAGAUAAAUUCAGCAGUCGACACGGGCAAAAAGGUGUUUGUGGCCUCAUCGUCCCUCAGGAGGACAUGCCCUUCUGUGACACUGGAAUCUGCCCCGAUGUCAUCAUGAACCCUCACGGAUACCCCUCUAGAAUGACGGUGGGAAAACUGAUCGAGCUCCUGGCUGGAAAGGCGGGGGUGUUGGAUGGAAGGUUUCACUAUGGCACAGCGUUCGGAGGGAGUAAAGUGAAGGACGUGUGCGAGGACCUGAUCCGUUAUGGAUACAACUACCAAGGCAAAGACUACGUCACCUCAGGAAUAACUGGAGAGCCACUAGAAGCUUACAUAUACUUUGGACCGAUUUAUUAUCAGAAACUAAAGCACAUGGUUUUGGAUAAGAUGCAUGCCAGAGCUCGAGGACCCAGAGCUGUUCUCACCAGGCAGCCCACGGAGGGUCGGUCCAGAGACGGAGGUCUGCGUCUGGGGGAGAUGGAGCGGGACUGUCUGAUCGGGUACGGAGCGAGUAUGUUACUGUUGGAGCGCCUCAUGAUCUCCAGUGACGCCUUCGAGGUGGAUGUGUGUGGACAGUGUGGCCUGCUGGGAUACUCAGGAUGGUGUCACUACUGUAAGUCGUCGUGUCACGUGUCGACUCUGAGGAUCCCAUACGCCUGCAAACUGCUGUUUCAGGAGCUGCAGUCCAUGAACAUUAUCCCCCGUUUGAAACUGUCACGCUACAACGAGUGACAAGACCUCUACAAAAACACUUUUGAGAAGUUAAACUGUUAAGUUGGAUAUAAUUAGUUUUGAACUGAAGUGGACCGAUAAAGAACUGGCAUGUCAAGUAUAUUUUUGUUAAUAUGCUUCUCUUCACAACUUUUUAUGUGUAAAUAAUAAAUGUAUGUUUAUGUUUCAAUUG